CCCAGCUCGCCCCCCAGAAUUGUGAGGAAACUUCGCGAUGAGUGACGCCGUCCCUCCACCGCCAUCCAAGAUAGGAUCCCUCGAAGCCCCAACAGCCGCACUUGGCAACAGCGAGGACGGCGAUGGAAAAACGCAGAACAUUAACGUGGCAGUGCGUGUGCGACCACUUCAUGAGAGUGAGAAGAAGAGCUUCUCCAAUGCGUGGCGCAUCGACGGCAACGCCAUUCACCAGGUCGGUGCAGCCUCGCAGAAUGGACCUGGGCGAACAUCGCGGCGACUCGUCCAUAUCUUUCUCUCUUUCUCUCAGGUCCUCCCGGGUGUCCAGAAGGGAGCAGUUGAGGCAGCGCUUCGGAAAGCGUCAGCUGAGCGGCCGCCAAAGGCUGCUGCUGGAGGACUUGGGUCGAGGGCGACCGCGAGCAAGGGAGAAGAGCCCUUUGAGCCCCUGACAUUCACCUUCGAGACGAUUCUGGGUGCAGACAUCACAAAUGCGGACCUAUACGACCAGAUGGCCACGCGGAUGAUCAAGAAAACAGUGUUCACAGGUACGAGGAAGACAGGACAUACAAUGGCCACUGAAAGCCAUACAUGUCUCGCAGGAAUUAAUGGCUGCUUUCUCACCUAUGGCCCAACUGGAUCUGGGAAGACACACUCAAUCAUGGGGAAUCACGACGAUCCUGGCAUCCUGCCACGCGCAAUCGACGAGAUAUUCGCAUCCAUUGAGAGCUCGACAGAGAGCGAGACCAAGGAUAAGACGCAAGAGACGCACGAGUUCUCCGUUCGAUUCAGCUACUUAGAGAUAUACAAAGAGAUGGUCACCGAUCUUCUUCAAGACCCACCUGAGAAUCAAAACCUUGCCGUCAAAGAGGAUCCCGGCAAAGGUACAACACCAUGAAUGUCUUUCAUGUCUCCACGUAUGUUUCCAUGCAAUCAGGAUUCUUUGUACAAGGAGUGCUCGAGCGUCUUAUUUCGGGCGCUCAGGAGGCUCUGGUCCUCAUCGGCGAGGGAGAGAGUAAACGAAGAUAUGCAGCCACUGACUUCAAUGAGCGGUCCAGCCGAUCCCAUGUCGUUUGUACCUUCAUUGUGGAAAAGACGACGACCAAAGUUACACGAACAAGCCCACGCGGUUCACCAGCUACGUCUCCACCACUGCGCCGAUCGUCAUCACUCAAUCUAGACAAGGCCAAAGGGGAAGAUGGUAUGACAGAUCGGGGUCGGAAAGCAAUCACACCAGAUAUUGGCGACUUGUGGCUACUGUGUGUACCCACAGUGCCUUCAUCCAAGUCGGAGCGAGAGUUCGUGGCGGAAACAAAGACGACGUGUGUGGGGCGCUUGGUAAGUCUGUCGUGAUGUUUACUACGUGCCAGUGUGAGUUCUCCCUCUCUUUCAGCACGUCGUCGAUCUCGCCGGUUGUGAGCCGGCUGGGCACCUCAAGGGCGACCGGCUGGAGGAGGGCAAGUUGAUCAACAAGUCCCUAUUCUUCCUAUCUGAGUGCAUCUCCCGUCUCGUCAAGGCCCAACGCAAAGAAGACAAGGCGGAAAGGGAGGCGGCAGCCGCAGCGGCUGCAGCGUCGGCAGCGCCGGCACUCAAAGUGCCUCCAUCCCCCCUUCCCAAGGGUCCCGGCCGCUCAUCUGCCCCAACAGUGACGGCCGGCACGAUUCAGGAGAAGGCGGGCGCCGUAUCACACACCCACAUCCCGUAUCGGGACUCCAAACUGACCAGACUCCUUGCCAAUUCAUUAGGAGGCAACAGUCACACGGUGCUCCUGGUCACGCUGAAUCCCACAGAAAAUCACGUUGACCAAGCCAUCCAGGCUUUACGGUAGGCAGAAGGCGACGUCUCGCUCCCACAAGCCAUGUACGCCGUGUCUCAUGUUGAAUACGUUCUUUCUUUACGGGCAGGUUUGCGGCCAGGGCCAAAAUGAUCAAGAACAGGAUCGAGGAGAACUUCAUUUCGCCCGAACAAUCCGUCAUUCACCGCCAGAACGAGCUCAUCAAACAACUGCAAGCACAGCUCCGGGAUUUGGAGUCAAAGCUUAAGGAUACUGGCCCUGGACGCGGCGACUUGCUUGUCAUCACGAAACCACGAGUUGUUCUCCCUGAUACAGAGAAGCGCGGCGAAGUGGAUCCCGUUUUGUACGCGAUGCGCCGCCAGUCUCUCGUGCCUCCUGGCGGCCUUGCGCGUGGCAAAUCUGGUGUCAGUGAGGUGUCAGCGAUCACGGAGGACAACGAGGAAGAGGAGGAGGACGAAGGCACGCAAAUGAUCAAUGAGAUACAGGACAAGCUGGAGAUGUUUCAAAAGAUGAUCUUCCGAUCGCAAAGCAAAAGGGAAAAGGAGGCAGAGGUAAACGGAGACACACAGACAUGACCACCAUGAGGGAUGGGCGUCCAUUUUCGUUUUCUGUCUCUCAGGAGGAAGCCAAAUACAAUCGUGUCCGUCGCGCCACUGAGGCAGCGCCGCUUGCAUUGGCACGCGGUUUCAACAAGCUCGACAUUCCGCCAGAGGCUACGCAAGCACGGCGCAGCUCCGCCAUGCCUGGAACCAUCUCCCUUCAGCUGGCAUCCGCUCUCAGAAGCCCCGACGGCCGCAAGGGAUCACUCAAGGUAUCAUGGCAAGACACAGUCCAAGAGGAGGAUGACGGUUCAGAGCUGGCAUCCUCUUGGGAGUCAAUGAAGGAGAGACGCAAGCAGGCGGGGAAGAGGCCUGUUGAGAAGAUCGACAUGGCCACCAGCACCUCCCAUCUGUCGCUCACUAUCCCUGAGGCCCAGGCCGCGCCCAGUGACCUCGAUAGAGUCAGCAGACGUCUGGAGAAAGUCGACGUUGUGUUGGAAUACAUUGUCAGCUACCUCGACCGCAAGAAGAAGGGCCCCGACAACGAGGCUGUAGGCGAGGGGGUCGACAGAAGUGCCACCAUGAAGCUGGAGGCCGAUCUUGCGAAAACAGAGAAAGAGGAAGAGAAUCCAGAAGAAGAAGAAGAAGAAGAGCAGGGACAAGACGGCAUGUCUCGUCUUGCUCUUGCUGUAGACAAGGUCGAGGGCCGCAUGUCAGGCUUAAAAGGCGGCAUCAGAGGCAUGAUCGAUCGCUCCAAGGCCGAGAAGAUGCGCUGUGUUGAGAAGGAGAAAGAGCUCGAGUCAAAGAAGGAGAGGCUGGAGCAGUCUUACGAGGAGAAAGUCAAGAGCAUCCAAGGAGCCACUGAGGAGCUUCAGGACCGCCUCAAGGCGAGCCGCGAUGCAGAGUACGAAAGUCUUCAAAAAGUGGAGGACCUCGAGACCGUCACCGUGGCUCAAGAGAAGGAUAUCGAGAGAUUGCAGCAGGAACUCAUCGAGGCUACAGAAAAAGCGGAGGCCAAAGGUGAAUCUUGGUGCUUUCAACUGCAAAGAACCACUUUGGUUGGCGAUUCCCCUUGUCCUUGCUUGUCAUGCAGACGCAGAGGUCGAGCGAGCCAUUGCGGCUGCUGAAAGCGAGAAAGAGGCGCUGAAGGCAGAUGAGGCCCGACUGAAGGCACAAAACGCCCAUCUCAUCUACGAGAAGGUCAAGCCCAUCCCAUAUGCAUUUCUCGAGACUGCCGUUCCUAGAUCUGCUUUCCGCUUCCUCAGGUCACACUUGAGACCAAGUUGGAGGAGCUGCAGAAGCAAAUGGAAGAUUGCGAGAAGCAGUACGAGCAGAAACUAGAUAAUUUCAAAGAUCAAGCGAGGAAGUUCCAAGAACAGGCGAAGGCCCAGAUGCGACGCCUGUCAAUGAACACAAGGGGAUUGGUGGGCCACGGCAUGCGUCUUGCUGACCGCAACGCCAGACGGCUGUCGGCAGCCAGCAUGCCCAUUCCAGAAACGAGAGAUGAAGCCGAGCUUGAAGAGCCGCCGGCCAGGUCGGCUUCUGUGGGUGAGACAUCCGGGCGACUGGUGCCUAAGGGCUCAACAGACGUCCUCAUGUCCCGCGGUACAGUCGCUGUGUCGGACUUUGGCUGCCAAUUUGGCGAUGAGAACGAGAUAGACCACCAAGGCAUGCAGACCGAGACAAAGGAGCUAACAUCCAGCGAGAUGCAAGCGCGUGUGGAAGGCCGAGACUCAGGCGCUCUGCAAACCGAGCCUAUUGAGGCUAUCGAGCAAGCUAUACAGAGCGAGAAGCUGAUGGGCCUUACUGACCAAAUGACGCAGAGUGCGCCCGAGAUCAAAGACCAGAUGGAGCAGGCUGCACUAGAGACACAAGAGGCGGGGAGCCAACACAUUGCGCACGCGCUAUUGGAAGGGAGCGUGCAGACUGCGGUGUCUUUCAGCGGGGCGGGCUUUAUUGAGGGCACCGUGCAGACAGAAGGCGCCGUGCUUCAAGACAGCGAUAUGCACAUGGCGUCAGUUCCCCCUUCGGAGAGGCUGGAGGCGGCCAUGCAGACAGAUAACACUGAAGGAAGCCAUGCUGAAUCCCAGACUGACGCCCUCGAGAACCUCCUCGUCUUCAACAGCACGCAGACGGAAACUCGGGAAACAAGGGACCAGGAGGGCCAGAUUGAGGCCCCCGUCUACCAGGACCAGAGCAGCCGGUGGGAAGGCGGCUCCCAAAUGGAUACGGCCGUCCAGACAAGUAUUGGUGAGGGGAUCCUGGCGAAUGACAAGGCAACACAAGCUCUCCAGAACACUGAUGUGGCUGAGGCUCAGACGGAGAGCCCCCUCAUAACCGGAGCUGCGGCCUCAAUCGGCAAUCAGACGGACGAAAAGAAGACCGACAGCCGAAUUUCGCAGACCGACGCCCUUCCUGUCCAGCAUGCCAUGAACCAGACGGAUGUCUCUCACCUGAGGUGUCCAGCAACUCCACGAGCGACCCAAACAGUCAUCAAUUGCGACCAUGCAGCCUGUCAGACUGACGCAGCAGGACUGGCUGAGCCACAGACUACGGCCAUGCAGACCGACAAGUCGGCUCUGGGCACCUCGGGAGUGCAGACGCACACGGCAGCUCUUCUGGAGGCCAGCACAUCUCAUACGGACCUGCUUGGCUCGUCUCACGCCAUGAACCAGACUGAAGCGGCUCUCACUCGGGUGCCUGAGAAGGAGCAGCAAACGCAGGUUGAAGUGGCGACGAGGGGCGGCGAAAGUCAUACCGCGGAGUCCCUCUUGACGAAACGCCAAAGCCACUCGUUCUCCCAGACAGACCUGUCGCUGGUGAAAGUCGUCCCUGAAGACAAGCACACGCAGACGAUGGCAAGGACGGAGAAGACGGCCACACAGACAGAUGAGACGCGGAUCGACCCCAAGCAGAAAGGCAAAGGAGUCCAGACACAAGCGGUGGUGGUGGAGGCCAAGCGCUCCCAGACCGACCCGCCCCCUCUGGAAGACGUCCGCAGCCAAACCGAGCUCUCACUUGUGCGACACACGACUCGCGACUCGAGCAGCCAGAGCCCUCAGAUGCCACCCUUGCCGCCCCCAACCAGCAGAAGGGACAGCUCGGGCCAGACGAUUGAGUCGCCGCGACGCGCAAGCCCAAGUCAGACCGAAGACACGCCGAGGCGUGCUUCUGUCACACAGACGGAUCGGGCGGCUUCGAGGGAGAGGGACAUACAGACCGAGCCGAGACAGUGCAGGUCCGUUGCCUCCGGAGAACCCAGCCCCACUGAAGUGCGCGUGCGAUCGACCCAGACCGACAGCGGUGUCCCAUCUCCCUCUCCCCGCUCAGAGGGCGGCAUGGCUUGUCCACAUUGGCACGGACCGAUGGUGCCACCGUCUUCGUCGCUCAUCACUCCUCGACCGACGGACCCAUUUCAGCCGUUUCUGCCCCAACAGCAGCAGCAUGCAGUGGAGCAGCAGCAGCAGCAGCAGCAACAGCAGUACCUGCAGCAGCCGCAGCAGCUGCAGACUGAUGGAGGCGAGAUGCGUCGUGCUACAUAUUUGGUUGGCGAUGGACCCGUGCAGCCUGAAUGCCGCGGCUCAGGAUACAUCGUCAUUCAGGCAAGCGACCGCAGCCCAUCUGCACCUCCCCCCGCUCCCCCUCCCUCCCUUCAUAUCACCAACACGGUCACAUCAGCCUCCCCUGCACGCGACCCUUCCGUGGGCGGUUCGGCGGUCGGGAGCCCGGAGGACAAGAGGAUCAUCGUGACACGCAGCUCCACAAGACAGGCACACGACGACCCCGUGGCCCAUGUGCCAAGGAACAGGGAGAGGGAGGAGAGGGAUGAGCGCCAUGUGGAGCGGGAGAGGGACGGGGAGAUGGCCGAGAUGAUUCGCUUGCUGCGGCGUGUGCUGGAAGGAAACAUGCCCGCUGAGGCGGUGCCUGGUGCGCUGGCGUCGAUUAGGGGGGGCGGUGGUGUGGCCGGCCAAGGCGUGCCGGCACUGGGCAGCAGGGGGCCCGAGUGUGGUGCGCCUAGUCUGCGGUGUCGAUAUGUGACGAGAGGGGCAGCAGGGGGGGCAGAUGACCGCCAGCUGCAGAACGUAAGACAGAGACACGGGCUCCAUUCUCUGCCUGCACAUCUGCCUGUCGAUUCUUGCUGUUCAGGAGCUAGAUCAGCUGCGCCGGAUGUUGGCCGAUUUGACUGACAAAUCAAGGGCCAUUAUAUCGUCCCGUGAUUUGUCGGUGAGGCCACACAAAAGAGAAGCACAUGAGGCAAAGGACUGCUACCACCAACCCGCUCCAUCGUCCAGACCCCCCCUGCUGGGCGGUGGCCCCGUCAUCCACUGCCCGGCGGUUGGGCGUAUUCCUGACACACACAAGAUUGGACCACGCGGCACGGGAGGCGGCGGGGGCGCACAGAUAAACAUACUAGGCGGUGGUCUGAGAGGCCGGGGCAUGGCGGCUGAGUCUGGUCAAGGAGUGGAUGACCAAUUUCUGUUCUUUGUCUCGACACCGGCCACUUCGCCAAGGAGGGCGGGGGUGGACAGCAGAAGGCACGAGACGAUGCAGGAGAAGCUUGUGCCGCAGAGUGCGAGACAGGAGAGAGACAAGAGGCCUUUCUACUACAGGUGGUGACUGUGUGCGUGAGUGAGACACACAUACAUUUGAUAGAUCCAUGCGGUAGACGGCUAGUGCAGAUACGUACAUAGAGACUUUGUGCAAUGGCGACGGAUCUCGAUGACGGAUGGAUGGAUGGAUCUGCAUCAAUCGGAAUCAGAUCAGACACAGCGUACUGUACAAGCAUUGCACUCC